AUGAGAGAGCAAACCUCACCCAGGUUCAAAUCACAGACAGGACUCUUACCAGGCAUGCUGAGGCGCACCAAAUACAGCCGUCUGCGCAACGAUUCGUUGACGUCUCCGGAGGAUCGGCCCCAAAGAACGCUGCCUCUGAAGAGGGACCUUUGCUUAGACUCUGACUUUGCCCAGCUGGAUCCUGGGACGCCUACACGCCACGGGCCGUCCACCCUGAGGGACUUCAUCCCCCGUGUGGCCAACAUCCGUUUGCAAAGUCCCAGUUCCUUGCGGGGCCUGAGGGGACAGAUGACUACAGCUGGAGACAGGACUGCUGAUGGACACACUGACAGACCCCUGUCCAGAGCAGAGUGGGACUCGGGGUCUAAUCAAAGAUUUUGUAGCCAACCUUCCCUCAAUAUGCCCCUAUCGGCUGGCCAAACUCACUCGGCUCUGAGCUGCACAAAGAGACCCAUCACUCUGCAUCGGAUGGCCAGCCUCCCCUGGACCCCCAGCUGUCCUCCUUGCUCGCAACACAGAGACGGCCUGUGCUGUUUGAAGACUUCCUCUGCAGCAGAUGACUGCACAGUGGUGCGGACAGCAAACAGAGCGGUUCACCAUCACAUCAAGUACGUGGGCAGUGUGGAGGUGACCCAGUCCAUGAGAACCCUCGACUUUGAUACAAGAAUGCAAGUCACACGAGAGGCGAUCAGCAGACUGUGUGAGAGGACAUCAGCCAAAACGGCGGUGAAAGCUAAAAGGCCUGUGUGCAAGGGACUGUCAGCUGUUCUGGGUCGAAUCAACCUCCAGUUUUCUGGGAACAGGGUCAUCCUCACCGUCUCCACAGACAGUGUGACUCUGAUCGCUGCCUCCUCCUUACAGAAGAUCGCCCAUCACCCCAUGCAGGCCAUUUCGUUCGCCUCAGGAGGAGACCCAGACAUGGCAGAUUACAUUGCUUAUGUUGCCAAGGACCUCUUCAAUCAGAGAGCAUGUCACAUCCUGGAGUGUCCCCAUGGUCGAGCCGGUGAGGUUAUCAACAGCAUCGGUCAGGCCUUCGAGACACGUUUUCGCCAGCUUCUCAGCCACGCGCCAUCGCUCCUGUCCACCAGUCCCAGGCCAGCGGUGAGACUCUGUCGUAAAUGGAGCCCAGAGGAGACAACAACAGACCAAAAGGCCAAACAGGAGGUCGAGGUCGGCGAGCAUCGUGACUACUACAACCUGAUCCCAGGGAAGACGCCGCCCGCUGGUGGACUAGAGGACCUGCGGGUCACAAGGGAGGAGAGCAAACGGGAUGCUGACACUCCGGGGGUUUGUUCGUCUCAGCCUGUUUCACUGUAUGAGAACUGCUCCAUCACAGAAGAAACUGCAGCUCCACCUGCAGUUAUAACUCCAUCUGUGGAAUCUGAGCUCAGUGCUGAACAGCGCACUCCUCUCCCUGAGACACGGAUCCAGGACCUGAUCCAGGAGGAGGGCUGGUUCCAUGGCAGGUUGGGGAGAGAGCAGGCAGAGUCGCUCCUCACCUGCAGCGGGGAUUUCCUGGUCAGGGAGAGCAGCUCCGCCUCUGGUCAGUAUGUCCUCAGUGGUAUGGAGGGAGCCACCGUGCGCCACCUGCUGCUGGUCGAUCCACACGGACAGGUGCGGACCCGCGAUCAGGUGUUUCUGAGUGUCGGUCACCUGGUGCGUUUCCACAUGGAGAACCAGAUGCCCAUCGUGUCUGGAAGCAGCGAGCUGUGUCUGAAACAGCCAGUCCUGCAAAGACAUUAACACACACAUAUUCAUGGACUGUCACAUGUGUACUUUCGCCUUCAGCAGCGGCUCUCAGUGCUUUUUUGGAGGCUCAAUGUGCACAAUUCAACACUUUCAGCUCAUUAAACAUGUUGAAUCAACCAGGUCCUGUCAACAUGUGAGAUAUAACUUCCCUGAAAAUCUUAUUAUUCAGUCAUUAAAGAACAUAUAUUGUUCAGCAUAUGUGUGGAGAACUGUUUGAUUCGUCCUAACACUUGUGCACACUGUGCCUCACCCUGUAUUGAGAACAGCUGCUGGCCUGCAGAACAUCCUGUCUCUGUCUCUCAGGCUGAAUUUGCUGGUGUUU